AUGAGUCAUCUUCCAGGAGUAUUGUUCUUCUGGAAAGAUCUGGAAAGACCAAUUGAUAUGAUACUUCUCCAGUCAGAUCAGUCCGAGAGUUUUGGUAAAGAAGAGCAUUUAUGCUAUUGGGAGAUCCGUUUGACUGGAAUAGCUGAAGAUAUUAUUUUAUCCUUCAGUCUUACUCUCAGAUUUAGCAGUAAUCAAUACUCAUUCACAACACCAUCAAUGGAAUUGCCAUAUAUGAUACGAGGCUGGUUUAGCAUGCAUGAUAGUGAUUAUAUUUCAUAUGAUGAUAUCAUCAUAAUAUGGGAUACAUCAGUGGAUUAUUAUAAGCAUAAUUAUAACUCAUAAACACAUUUACUUUCGAUGUUAAUACUUCAUUGGGACUACACACAUUUAUAUAAUUAAUCAUACAUUAAUUAUCCCAAGAUCAUGUUGCUCUGAUUAAGGCUCGGAUAGGAUCGAUUACCUGACCCCAGUCAUAUAAUUUUCCCAAUCCAAAACAAUAUAAAUAGCAGUAGUAGUUCAGUGUAGGAACCUGGUCAAACUUUGAUACAAAAUCUAUCUCAAUAAACAAAACCUACACAAGUUCUCACGAAUCUUCGUUCCUAAUUUCAAAUCUUCAAUUCUUCCUCUUAAAAACUUCUUCAACUUCAACCACCACAACA